AGAGACAGUGGAACAGUGAAAGGGCUGCCUGCUCGAGUCUUGCGUUCUUACUGAAUGCAUAGUAAAUUCCUCCUCCUCGAUUACUCACAUGCAGCUUUCUUGGCUAAACGAAAAAACUGCCAAAGGAAAACAGCUUCUCUCAGACCUCCAACAGGAUCUAAAUGCAAACAUAUUUUUGCCAACUAGUUAUAUCUUUAGAAGUCCUUGAAAAGCAUAGGCUAUAUGUGUGUAUAGAUUUCGAUAAAAUCAAUACCGCUCUAACGACAACUUGGACACUGCAUUUGAGUUCAAUGACAAACUGACAAGGAGGCAGCUACAUGGACAUUCACGCUCCUACAAUCUCAGAGACGCUGUGUUCUUAAUUUUUUCUCUUCCUUCGAUUCGUGUGGAAAUCAUUUUGGUACAGUUGAUGAUUUCCAAUAGAACUAGUGGCAGUGCUCAUUGAUCGAGUUAGUAUUUGGUCGGCAAAGGACUAAUUCAUUCGUUUACUAAUGCCCUUGCAAAAUGUUUGUAUCCAAAUACCUCUGAAGAAAUAGAAGGGACCAGUAGCAGACCCAUGCAGGGCUUCGAUAGUUGGUACGUUUUUCAUUCCUUAGGAAUUAUUUUGCAAGUGGCAUUUCUUCUCGCACGAUAAUAUAAUAAUAUAUUUAUAUGCUGCAUAUAAUUAAUUAGCAUUGGUAAAACGAAGGAUUCCGUCACUUUAAUUAAUGAAUUAUAUGUCAUGAGAGAGAGAUGCAGAGAUUCAGAUGAUGAUUUCCAUUGGCAGAUGAUGCGUAGCGUGGAGAACACGUGUCCAUUUUUGCAUCAUAUUUUUUUCUGAUCUGGAAUUCUUCCUUGUCACACCAAGAAGGGAAAGAAGCUGACUGCCAAUGCACGGGCUAUAGAUUUGCGUUUUAUGGAAAUCUUGGGUUUCAGAUUUGAGGAAAACACGUUUAACAUCAUCCCCUCUCCGGCAACUAUGCUUUUCCACGGCCUCCCUGGAGGCGAAAUGCACGUUGUUGUGGAAGAAAUGGACCGGAGAAGAAAGAGCGAAUCCGCAGCUAUCAGUUCGGCCAUAGAUAUGGGAGAAUCUGAAACGAACAUGUCGUGCAUGAACAGCGACAGGGUGUCUUUGUGCGCGGGCUGCGGCGGGAAGAUCGCUGACCGCUACUACCUGCUGGCAGUGGACAAACAGUGGCACAUGCGCUGUCUCAAGUGCUGCGAGUGUAAACUCAACCUCGAGUCCGAGCUCACCUGCUUCAGCAAAGACGGAAGUAUCUACUGCAAGGAAGAUUAUUACAGAAGGUUUUCGGUCCAGAGAUGUGCCCGGUGCCACCUCGGGAUCUCGGCCUCAGAGAUGGUGAUGCGGGCCAGGGACUUGGUGUACCACUUGAACUGUUUCACCUGCACAUCCUGCAACAAGAUGCUAACGACUGGGGACCACUUUGGCAUGAAAGACAGUCUGGUCUACUGUCGGCUGCACUUUGAAAAUCUCAUACAGGGGGAAUAUCAGACACAUUUCAAUCAUGCGGAUGUAGCCUCUCACAAAGGACUGGGACCUGCCAACGCAUUGGGACUAUCCUAUUUCAACGGCGUGGGGAGUGUGCAUAAAGGGCGGCCCAGGAAAAGGAAAAGUCCCGGGCCAGGAGCAGAUUUAGCAGCCUACAAUGCCGCACUCAGCUGUAAUGAGAACGACGGAGACUCUAUGGACAGGGACUCCUACAGCUCCAGUCAGAAGACCAAGCGCAUGCGGACCUCCUUCAAACACCACCAGCUGAGGACCAUGAAGUCCUACUUUGCCAUCAACCACAACCCAGACGCCAAGGACCUGAAGCAGCUGGCCCAGAAGACUGGCCUCACCAAGCGUGUACUACAGGUCUGGUUCCAGAAUGCUCGGGCCAAGUUCCGGCGGAACCUGCUGAGACAGGAAAACACGGGCGGGGACAAGACCUCAGACGGCUCCACCCUGCAGGGGGGCACGCCCUCCGGACCUGCCUCCGAUAUCUCCAAUGCCUCCAUGAGUCCUUCCAGCACCCCCACCACCCUGACAGACCUGACCAACCCCACCAUGCCCACCGUCACCUCCGUGUUAACCUCUGUCUCUGGCAGCAUGGAUGUUCACGAGUGCAGGAGCCCAUUGCAGACCACCCUGACCAGUCUGUUCUGACGCCCCCUUACAGACGGACCCCCCCCCCCGACUCUGUCCACUUGGAACUAAAACACAGACCUUUGACAGAGACAUUUAAUGGACUAGUAAAAUUAAGGUAAAGGAAAAAUACUCUUAUUUUUACUCUGAGCCCAUUUGAGAAUAUUUGCGUAGUGAGGCUGCCAAGCCUUGCAGAAGGAACAGUUAUUGUUAUUUUGUUGUGGUUGUUUUGUUGAGAACUGAGGAGACUUGAUUUGCAUUUUUCAAUGUUUACAGAAUGAAACUGUGGAAAAGAAAAAAAACUGCUUAAUUUUGGAAAUUCAUUUUUUUCCAGCACAAUAUUUAUGUUGUUGUACAGGAGUCACUGUUAGGAAACAUUGAGAAGGAUUGUAAAAUGAUGGGAAAUCUGAGAUUAAACACAGGCUAAAAUAUGCUAUGACUGCCAUGUGCCUUACACUUCAAUUGUCCCCAACAUAUCCAGAUCUGUUUCUCCCAUCAAGAUCGGAUAGAAACACAUCUUUUUUUCUUUACCUCAGCAGAGAGUAUUGUGGCUCAAGGGUAAAAUAGUAAAUGGUUCACACAAACAGUGUGUGCAUGCGUGUGUGUUGUCUGUGUGUGUGUGUGUGUGUGUGUGUGUGUGUGUGUGUGUGUGUGUGUGUGUGUGAGCAUGCUCGUGUGCAUGUGUGUGCGUGCGUAAGUGGGUUUGUAAUUGUGGUCUAAAUGUAAGUUUCAAAUUAAUUUGAGUUGGCAGACUAAUUAUUGCUGUUAAAUAAAUAAAAAAUGACAUGUUCACACACACACACACGCACACACACACACAGAUCUGUGAUAUGAUAGCAUACACUAGGUUGAAAUGUUACAGCCAAUGAAAGCUAGUUUUGUUUUGAAAUAUUGUGCUCUUACAACUUGUAUUUAUCUUACAAGAACAACAAUUCUAUACCUCAUUUACAUAAGAAAUUGAUCAAUUAGUAUGUUUCUGCUGACCUAAAACCUGCUAUGACAUACACACUCUCAUCUCAACCUCUUACCUCAACUCAGUUUCCACUGUUCAACACGACUUAAAUGAAGUUACAUGAAACAACAGUCAACUGGCUUUCAUAUCCCUGAUAUGUUCAGUAUCACAAACCAGGACUUUUACUUCUAGGAAUAAUAAGAUCAGUAGAAGAUGAGGUGUACGAGUGAAAAUAGGCAGUGAUAUCACUAAUGAUUCAGCUUCAUCCAUCCAACACACUACUACUACUACUACUACAGUACUUCAACUACUGUACUACUACGACGAUGACUACUAGUACUACUACUUCUACUACAGUACUACUAC